ACUUGCACACACAGAUCGCAUGUUUGCACAGCAUAGCCUAUCAUGUGUGUAUCAGUAGUUUUCUCCAUUCAACUUCUAUUCUCCUGUGCCAUUCAGGAUCCACCAGGAACCAUCCACGAGUUCUUCACACAGUACCCAAACUCUACAGUCAAUCCCAGGAAAAUGGGAUCCACCAGGAACCAUCUGCGAGUUCUUCACACAGUACCCAAACUCUACAGUCAAUCCCAGGAAAAUGGUUCCUCUGGCUCUAAGGUGCUGGUUCACUUUUUAAAUCAGUCGGGGGUGAAAAGCAGUGUGUUUGUCACAGAGGGAGAGACUCUUCUAGACAUUGUGAUCAAGAAAAAUCUUGACAUCAGUGGCUUUGGAGCAUGUGAGGGUGCUUUAGCCUGUUCCACAUGUCACCUGAUAUUCGAGGAGAGUGUGUAUAACAAACUGGAGCCGGUGGUGGAUGAAGAGAUUGACAUGCUAGAUCUGGCCUAUGGACUCACCAAGACAUCUCGUUUAGGGUGUCAGGUGACAGUGGAGCGUUGGAUGGACGGCAUGACAGUCCGUGUUCCGCAAGAAAUCAAAGAUCGACGAGGAUCACAAGAGGCCAUUGGCAGCAAAUGAUACAUAUGCACGCAAGCACGCAUACACACACACACACACACACACACACACACACACACACACACACACACACACACACACACACACAGACACAUACACAAAUAUUGUUAGUUCAUGCACAUAUUUUAAGGAAUAAUUCACAUAAAAUGAACAUUUUCUCAUUAUUUACUCACUCCCAUUUUCUUUCCUCUACGACACGCAAAAGGGAAUCAGAGGCAGAAAGUUAAAUCAGCUCUUUUUCAUACAACAAAAAGGGAUAGUGAUUUUGAAUACCAAAUGAUAGCUUUGUGUGAGAUGUUGUCAUAAAUUUAAAUUGUCAUAAAGUUGUUGUUCACUGAUAAUCUUUAUCUCUGCCAUUGCUCUCAAAUAUUAUUCACGGUUGUGUUUUAAAUGAUAAGUAAAUCAUGACAAAAUGGCAAAAGUUUUGUUUUGGGUGAACAAUUUCACUUUAUACACAGUAAGAAUGGUUUUCUUUUCCAAAAAAAAUAAUUUCUGUUUUGACGGCAUAUGAAAAUGGUAUUCUACAUUUCAACAAAAUGAUAAUAAACCAAGUGUGAACCCAAGGUAUAAUGGGAGUACAUUAUCCCCCCCAAAAAUAAAUAAAUAAAUGUCAAUACAGAUGUCUGCACACAUUCAGGCAGAUCAGACAGUGCAUGGCUUUAACUCAUCUUUAUCUCUGACAAUUACACCCCCACAACUCUGGAUAAAUGUAAAUGUGUGAGUCACAGAUCACAGUAGACUGAUGCUUUCCAUCGAUACUGGUGCCUCAUUACUUUAAAUAGCAUUAGACCUUUAUAUCAGUAGUGGUUAAAGCUCUAGGUUGUUAAGCCAAAGGUCCUACAUCCAAAAACUCUUGGUGUUUAACCUGAAAAUCGCCCUAUUGUCCAUGUGCCCUAGAGCAAGACACUUAACCUUAGGCAGUUCUAGGGGCAAUACAUGUCCCUGAUGGUAGAAAAAAAGCUUGAUUUUCAGCUACUCAGCUUGAAGAAGGGUUUUAGUUUUUUUUUACAAUGCUUGAAAGGCUUUGAUUUUCCUCUGACGUUCUAUAUUCUGCAUUGAUAUUUCUCAGACAUGCUUAUUUCUUCCUUUCAACAAAUUAGUGCAAUUAAUUCAGCUCAAACUGCUGAAUGUACAGACUCCAUUUAGACAGUGUAGGACAUUUCAGUCUAAGGAUUAUUUUAGUUUUUCAAUUUCAAUUAUUGGUUUCUGUAAACUUUUUAAGAAAUUAAAGAUGAAAGUUUGAAAAUCUCCCAUUGACUUAUAUUGUUAGAAUGUUCACCAUUCAAGAUCCAAUUGAUAGCGAACUGAAUUGAUGAUUGAUCUUCAUUCUUGCAUUAACUUGCAUACUCAAGUGGUGCUAGGGGUGAGCUAUUGAGGCUUAAGCCCCGAAUGUUUUCUUCAUCUUGUAGUGAUGUCAAAAGUAAAAUUAUUCCAUUGAGGAAGUAUGUAGGUAUAUAAAUGACAUCUCACAGACAUUUACACUUUUACAACCCCAAUUCCGAAAAAGUUGGGACAGUAUGAAAAAUGCUAAUAAAAACAAAAAAGGAGUGAUCUGUAAAUUAUAUUCACCCUUUGCUAUAUUGAAAGCACCACAACUACACAUAAUAUGAUGUUUUACCUCGUGAAUUUUAUUGUUUUUUUUUAAAAAAAAAUGUACAGUAAUUCCAAAUCAGAUGAUUGCAAUACGCACCAAAAUAUUGAGACAGGCAAUUUAAGACUAAUAACAAUUUGACAAGUUGAAAUAACGAGGUGAUGUGAAACAGGAGAUGUUAAACAGGUGAGGCAAUUUUGUCUUAGUACUGUAUACUGUAUAAGGAGUUUUAAAAACAGACUAGUCCUUCAAGAGCAAGGAUCAUUCAAGACUUUGCCAACAGAUGCUUCAGCAAAUAAUCCAACACUUUGAGAACAAUGUUCCCCAAAGACAAAUUGGAAGGAUUUUGGGCAUUUCACCCUCUACAGUGCACAACAUAGUUAAAAGAUUCAAGGAAUCUGGUCAUAAAGGGCAAGACAAAAAACACUUCUGAAUGCAUCAGAAGAUCCCUCAGACGUCACUGUCUUAAAAAACAUCAUUCAUCUGUAAUGGAUAUCAUGAACAUGGGCUUGGGAUUACUUUAGUAAAC